AUGGAAGACGGCUGCAAGCGCGUACACUGCCAGCAACUUUUCGGCAGCUGGCACGGAUCACAGUACUUUGAGGUGCGUCACAACCUAGACAGCAGUCUGCAACCCGUCCCUACAGAGGGCGAGGCGGCGUGGGCGCGCGUAGGCGAGGAGAUGGCCAAGACGGAGAAGGACGAAGCGGCCCCAUGGCUGGAGCAGACUGGGUGGCUGCUGUACUUGAACAAACUGGAUCGUCCUGAGUUGCUGGCAAGCAUUGAGGAGCCCAACAUAGACCCAGAGAAAGAUGAGGAGCCUGUCGAGGCUGCGAUUUGGAGCGCAAUAGAUGGACUGGCCCGCGUGAGCCAGAUGUCCGUCAUCAAGCAGACAGGCAUAUUUGUGCGCAUGGAGGCCAUUCGUACAGAGAAGCAUUAG